GCCUUCCUUGAGGCGCCACAGAGAUAGAAGCAAGAGCGGCGGCGGUUUCCUCAGAAACCUUGACGUUAACCUCAAAUACGUGCUCGGCGCCGGCGCCGUCGCGUUUCUGGUCAUAUUUUUCAUGGUCAAUCACCUGGUUAAGCCGGCGGAGGAAGCGAAGCGGCCGAGGGUCGUGACGCCGUUCCCUGCUCCGAAGAUCAUGGACCUUCCUCAGUUUCAAGGGGAGCACAGAGAGAGCUUGUACUGGGGAACAUACAGGCCUCAUAUUUAUCUAGGAAUUCGAGCGAGAGUGCCACGUUCUCUGCUUGCUGGCUUAAUGUGGAUUGGUGUAACCGAUGGGAGGUACUCCCUACGCCAUGUCUGCCAAGAUAGUGAUGGACUAAGCUCUUAUGGAUGGACCAGCCAUAAUGGCCGUGAUUUUGGGCAUCAGGUGUUGGUCGAUCAUGGCACGGUAUUGGCAACAAGUUUCUUGAAAUCCAAGGAAGUUGGAAGUGGUUAUGGGGGAGACUGGGCAGUGCGAAUUGAGGUGCAAAGCCCAAAAUCUACUCCAGAUAAAGAAAUUUGGAAAAAUUCGCAUCUCUUUUUCUAUUUGGCAGAUGAAGAUGGAAAUGCUCUAGAUAUGAGCACAGAUGCCUUGAAAAAUCGUGAUCUCACUCUCUUGGCAUCAGGUACAAAGUCGGACAUUGGAGAUUGGCAGUUGCAUUUGAAAUCAACGGAUGAUAUCGAAAUGCAUUACUUGGGUUUUAGGACACCUCAUAUGCAUAAUUUAUCUGAUCUUGUCCAAGAAAAUCUUGGGGCACAAGCAAGAAAAUAUGGAGGGCUGCAAUUGUCUGACUCAACCCAUCAUUCUUCAAAUGUCUUAGUUUUCCAGAUUUCUGCCAGGAUUCCUGUUAAAAUGGAUAUUGCUUUUGUAUCUGGAGUUGGUUCUGAAAGGUCAAGGGUUAAAGAACGUGUCAGCAGUCUUACAGGUGAAUCAUUGACAAGCCGCUUGGAGGAAAAGCAAAGAGAAUUCAACAACAAAUUUGAAAAGACCUUUAACCUGGCUGACAAGCUUGAUAAGGAAUCCAUAGUAGUUGGAAAGGCUGCUAUUGGCAACAUGUUGGGAGGCAUUGGCUACUUCUAUGGCCAGUCCAAAAUAUCUGUCCCUGCAGCUGCUAAUCUUCAAAGGCAUAAUGAUUAUCUCUCCUAUUGGCCAGCUGAGCUAUACUCUGCUGUCCCAAGCCGUCCAUUCUUUCCUAGGGGCUUUUUGUGGGAUGAAGGUUUCCAUCAGCUGCUGAUCUGGCGUUGGGAUAUUCGGAUUUGUUUGGAUAUUCUUGGCCACUGGUUGGACUUAAUGAACAUUGAUGGCUGGAUUCGUGAACAGAUAUUGGGGGCUGAAGCUCUUAGUAAAGUCCCUGAGGAAUUUGUUCCACAGCAUCCAAGUAAUGGGAAUCCACCAACAUUGUUUCUGGUUUUACGCGAUUUAAUUGAUGGCAUGAAAGCGAAAAAGUUCAAUGCUGCUGAAAGCAACAAGAUCUCUUCCUUCCUAGAAUCUGCAUCUGAUCGUCUUGAUGCCUGGUUUCAAUGGUUCAAUACGACUCAGUCAGGGAAGGAGAAGCGAAGCUAUUAUUGGCAUGGGCGGGAUAGCACGACCCUCCGUGAGCUCAAUCCAAAGACACUUUCCUCAGGAUUGGAUGACUAUCCACGAGCCUCACAUCCUAGUGAAGAUGAACGCCACUUAGAUCUUAGGUGCUGGAUACUUCUUGCUGCUGAUUGCAUGCAUUCAAUUGGAACUCUUUUGGGAAAGGAAGACAAAACUAUAAAGGAUUACAGUGCAACAGCUAAGCUACUUGCAGAUUUUGACUAUCUUAAUCAGAUGCACUUUGAUGCUGCAGAUGGAGCUUACUAUGACUUUGGGAAUCAUACAGAAAAGGUACGUUUGAGGUGGAAAGAAGUCGUGGUUGGAAGCAAUCAUGCAACUCGGGAGCUUGUCCGAGAUGUAUUGGAAAGACCGACGUUGAGACUGGUUCCUCAUGUUGGUUAUGUCAGCCUUUUCCCAUUCAUGAGGAGGAUAAUUCCAACUUUACUGUAGGACUCAUGGAUUUUGGAAAAGCAGCUUGACCUUAUCUCAAACAAGAGUGUUUUAUGGACAGACUAUGGACUUCGGUCCCUCGCCAGAACGAGUACCUUAUACAUGAAGCGC